ACAAUGCAGCGGCGGAUUCAGGGGGCGCCCCCGACCCAGCCCUCUCUGGAUCCAGAACGAGUAUAACACUUGUAAAUUUUCGAUUUUUGGUAUUUGUUUCGGUGUUUGUAGCGUUACAACCCAAUCCUCUCCACCUUUUUUCAAAUGUGACCCAAUGCUCCACUCUAUACUGGAUCCGCCACUCCUACAAUGAUCCAACCAAUGUUAAAGUCAAAUAACCACGUCUUAUUGCAAGAGAACUUGUGUUAGUGUAACUUGGGGGGAGAACCCAAUACAAACAAUCAAUUAAGAUGAUUUGAUUGAGGUAUAAUAAUGGAUUAUUCAAGAGUAAUGAAACUUCAAAUCAGGAUGGAUUUUUCAUCUUUCGAAAAAAAAUUCAAAUCCCCAUUCGACUUCUCGAGGGCCGGCCACCGGGAAAAACCCGAAAGGAAGGCUGCUACCGGUACGUUGCUUGCUGGAGUCUCAGUUAUCUAGGAAUCAAUCUAUCGAAAACCAAACCUCCAGCAUGCAUAUUUGGUUUGCAGUUUGCACAGAGUCCAUCAGCGGAAGUUUGAAAAGGCUGGCAAAAACAUGGAAAACCAGUUCCCUAUGUUGUUUGUCACUCUAUUUAAAACAAAAACAAAAAAAAAUCUCAGCUAACAUGAAAUACAGAAACAGAAUCAUGUCUUAAUUACAUCCUCAUAGAGCACCGAGUCACAUUUUAUUAGAAAAUUAGAUAACGUAAAAAAAUCACAAUUUUUUCAUAAUGUCAAUUGUACACGACGGUCUACACCCAUACCAAUAGCAUACUCUCUUUCAAAUAAAAUUGUUAAGCAAUGGAAAAAAUUUCAUCGCUAAUUUUGUUGCACAAAUAAGUUUUAUCAUGUUUCAUUGUGAAAAAGCUUCUCUCCGUAGUAGUCGUUGAAACGUGCAACAUUAACACUAGACAAAUCAAUCAACUAAUCAAUUUGAAUUGUGUGUCCAUCCCUAUAUACACUAGCUGCUCUAGUAAUUUUUCAAGGGACCAAAUUUCAUAUUUUUUUGUCUUUUAUGUUUUAGACUUUAGAAUUUAGGUUUCAUUAUUCAUUUAUUUUUUUAGACGAAAAUCAUUGGGACUAAAAUUUCUACAUUAAAUUUAGAGUAGUGAUUUGAAUAUGUUGAAUCAUUUUUCUAGUUACACUUAAUCUUAUUACAAAAUACCACUGCGACGAAUGCCAAAAAUCAAAAGAUUCAUAAGGACUAUACGAGCUCCGGACCCAUAGGAGGGUUGGGUCAUGGCCACCCCUGAAUCCGCCAUUCAUCAUAAAGGUUAUCUUCUCUUCUUCUUUUCCUCCUGGAGAAGAAUGGUAAGAUUAAGAUAUCAGAGAACCAGCUAGCGCUAGCGCCUAGGCAGCAUGCAUGCAUGCAGUACUAGGGCUGGGAAUCCGGUUUCAGUUUUCUGGUCAAACCGAAAACCGGCCAGUUUAAACCGUCUCGGUUGUAACCGGAAACCGGAUACAACCCGAUCCAAUCCGGAUUCCGGUUUCUAGUAUUUGGAGAAAAACCGUACCAGGUAUAACCCGGUUAAAACCGGGAAAAACCGGGAAACUGGGACCAGCCCUGCCUUGCACCAAGCCCAGCUUUGAAGCCCAAAUCCCCUCUCAAAAUCUCAGCCCAGCACAAAACAAAAGCCCAGAUACACAAAAACCCUAAUCGUCAUGGCCACCCAGUCCCUCUAUCCCUCACGAUUCUCCUCUAUCUCCCGUCGCCUCGCGACUCCACUCCUCUACUCUCGAAGAAGAAGUCGACCGGCGGCCGAAAUCGCCGCUCAACCAUCGAAUCAGCCGCCGACUCUAUUCGAUGGCACCGAGAUGCCCCUUCUGUUCAUGGUCGCGAUCUCCUCAGGGCGACAGCGACAGCGCGAAGGCGACGGUGAUUUUAGAGUUGAAACAACUCCUGAUCUGGGCCCCAAACCAGUGUUGGACCUCUCUCUCACCGGCGAUGCGGCGGAAGCGAGCAAUUGAUCUUUCUUGACCUCCUAUGUUGAGGACUUGAAUGGCGGUGGAUGGUGGUGGUGCAUGCAAGGAUGGUCGCACUUCUGCAGCGGCGAGGGAGGUGAGAAGAUGAAGAAGUGAAGGUGAAGGAUGGAUCGAUGAAAAUCAGAGCUAGGGAUUAGGGGGAUUUUUUUUAGAAGAGAGCGGCGGCGUAGAUUGGGGAAUUGGGAUGGUGAGGGGAAUUAGGUAUUGUUUGAGUGUGUGACUGUGUGGCGAGUGGGAGGUGAGGGGAAUUUCUUUUAAUCCAAUUUAAACGACAACGUUUUUUUUAUCAGAAACGACAGUGUUUUUUGGGAGGGAAUAAAUAGAUCCAGUUUUU